AUGAGUUCAUCCACUUCUAAAGCAGACACAUCGGCCUCGUCGGCAUCGAGAAUGGUCGACAAUGAAGAUGACGAUACUAGUAUGUUGGUCGUCAUAUUGGACAUGAAUGUCUAUUCGUGGGGACAACGCGCACAGACUGUACAUAGUAAGCAACAGGCAGGCAUGCCACUGAUAUCACUGCCGACAUUCUUGGAGCACUUCUUGGUCUUUGUCAACGCCUACCUCAUGCUCAAUCAAGAGAACCAACUUGCCGUCAUCUCAUCGAUCAUUGGCGAGAGCUACUUUGUAUAUCCUCCACCUCCCGAUCAACGUGCAUCCGUUGCCAAUCAAGUGAUCGCCGAACAGAUCCAAUCCAGAUUGAAGGACAUCCAAGAUACUUAUGUUGACAAGAUUGGCGAAUUACAAGGUGAUGAGACUUCGGCUUCAUUCUCUGCCGCCAUGUCUCUUGGAUUAUGUCAUAUCAAUAGGAUGAAGAAAGACCUUCCCAACCUCAAGCCAAGGAUAUUGGUGUUUAACAUAUCUCCAGACGUAUCGAGUCAAUAUAUACCUGUGAUGAACUGUAUCUUCUCGGCACAGAAACAGUCGAUACCAGUAGACAGUUGUAUCCUCUCCUCAGACUCCACAUUUCUCCAACAGGCAUCACAUCUCACUAGUGGCAUCUACCUGAAGCCCCAACGACAAGAGAACCUAUGUCAAUACCUUGUUUCAACAUUCCUGAUUGAUUCAGACUCUAGGAGACACUUGAGUGUUCCAACACUUACUACUGUAGACUUUAAGGCAUCAUGCUUCUGUCACAAGAGGAUCGUGGACAUUGGAUUCGUUUGUUCAGUUUGUUUAUCGAUAUUCUGUAAACCAUCUUCUUCAUGCUCUACAUGCGGUACCAAGUUUGCUCUCAAGAUUGAUCUUUCCAAGAUAGACAUUGCCAACUCACUCUCCACCAACGACAACAAUAACAACAACAACAACAACAACAAUAAUAGUAAUAAUGGAAGUGGAAGUAAUGGAGCUGGAUGA